AUGGUGCCCGGGCAUCACCAGACAUUAGCCUCAAUCGCAACAAUAUGCGUAAAGUCCAACCAAAUGCGUCGAGCGGCGCUAAAUCGAAUUCAACGUUUCUUCCGCCCCGUCCCUCACUUUCGGGUUUCUUUUCGGUAUCGCCGUCAGAACACGGCGCUCGCCAACCACGGGCGGAUUUGCGCCUGCAGAGAACCGUCACCGUCGCCCCUCGGGCUGAGGAAUAAACAAGCGGAAACGCUACCCGGCCCUCUACGCCAUUCCAGUGCAUUACACAGCCUGCCGGCGCCAGAGCUUCACAGCCUUGGCAUCUCCGCUUCUACUACUUCGCCUCACGUUCGCUGCUAA